AUGACAAAGGAAGGAACCACAUCAACAGGCACUGUUAAACCUAGCGUAGCCUUAAAGAACAAAAAGUAGGCUGAAACCAAUAAGAACUAUUUAAUUUGGGGUUUAAUUGGUAUUGGUGUUUUAGUUAAUGCCGUUAUCAUCUAUUAAAACUACAUUUAAAUUCACCAUCCUAUUUCGAAUUUGGGAAACGGUAAAUUCUUAUUUGACUAUCAAAGUACCAUUAAGAAUCACAACAAGGCCAGUCAAGACUUUGCAAGUGAAUUAAAGACCUACCGUAACUAAAUUACUCAUCUUGAACUCUAAUUGAGUCUCAAUCAAUUCAAUGCCGAAUAAAUGGGAUUCUUAUCUCAAGGUCUUAUCUAUCUUGACUCAGUUCAAAAUAUUAAGAUUUCUCUCUCUCACAAUGAAAUUGGUGAUAAGGGUGCUUUAAAUGUAUGUACUGUCUUAGCUGCUCUCCCUAAACUACAUACUCUUCAUCUUGGUUUGGAUGCCAUGAAACUUAGCAAUGAAACUUUAACUUAAUGUAUGUCAUUCUUAGGAGAAUCAAAAUCUCUUACUGCCUUGACCGUCUCUCUUAUUCACAACAAGAUCAAGGAUGAAGGUGCUAAGGCUUUGGUUGAAGGCUUCACUGAAUUAAAGAAAAAGCUUACCACUCUCAAUCUCAUUUUGAUUUCUAAUGAAUUCACUGCUGAUGUUGGAAAAAUUUUUGAAAGUUUCUUACCUAGUCUCGAAAAAACUACUUCUCUCUACCUCUCUUUAUAUGCCAAUAAAAUAGGUGCUGAAGGUGCUCAUUACUUAUCUAAGGGAUUAGAAACAUAAGGUCAAUUAAAGAACUUAAACUUAGAUUUAUUCUUCAACAAUAUCACUGAUACUGGUGCUCAAUCCCUUUCUAAGGCUUUAACCAAGUUAACAUCCUUAGAAUCAUUGAAGCUCAACUUAGAAUUCAACUACAUUUAGAAUGAAGGUGGUCAAUAUGUUGGUGAAGCUCUUAAGAAUUUAGUUAACUUAAAAACUUUACAUAUUAAUGUUGCUACUAAGAACUUUGGAUACACAGGUUUCAAGCAUAUCACUGAAGGUCUUUAAGCUCUUGUCAACUUAGAAGAGUUAUACAUUCACUGCGGUGUUAACAAAAUCGGUCCUCUUGGUAUUCAAGAUCUCAAGCUUGUUUACUCUCGUUUGACCAAACUUAAGAGAGUACGUUUGAAUUUCUAUGAAAACUCUUUGGGAGAUCCUAAUGCUAUCAAGGUUAAUGAAAUGUUUGAUGCCUUAAAGGGUGUUGAAGAACUUGAACUUAACUUUAACUUCAAUAAUCUACUUGAAUAUGGUAUUAAUCAAAUCUUAAAGGGUGUCUAAAAGCUUCCUAACUUGAAGAGAUUAGACCUUGAUGUAGGCCAAAGUGAAGUUAACGAUGAAGACGUCAAUAGUAUCUUUGUUGAACUCGAUAAUGUUGGUAAAAAAGUACCUGAAGUUGAAUUCUCAUUCCUACACACUGCUAUUACUUAAGAAGUCGCUGAUAAGUUAGCUCAAAAAUAUCUUAAUCACUCUAGCAUUAAGCUCAACAUUAAUUCUUCUGUAUCAAAGGAUUACCUUGAAGAAAGAAAAAAGAAAUAAGAAUAAGAAAAAAAAGACAACUUGUGA